AUGGAAAAGGAACAAAAGUCGGUGCAGUUACCCGGCGACAUAAUCCUCGGCGGGCUCUUUCCGGUGCACGAAAAGGGCGAAAAUACGCCAUGCGGUCCCAAAAUCUACAAUCGGGGCGUGCAGCGGCUCGAAGCGAUGCUCUAUGCCGUCGACAAAGUCAACAAUGACUCACAAUUGCUGCCGAAUAUCCGAAUUGGCGUACAAAUUCUCGACACGUGUUCGCGCGACACCUACGCCCUCAACCAAAGCUUGCAAUUCGUUCGCAGCGCCCUCAAUACGCUCGAUACCUCGUUGUUCGAGUGUGCCGACACCUCCAAGCCCAAAAUGAAGUCAAAUGUCACGGGACCCGUUUUCGGUGUCAUUGGCGGCUCUUAUAGCUCCGUAUCGCUUCAAGUAGCGAAUUUACUUCGUCUCUUUCACAUUCCGCAAAUUUCACCGGCAUCCACGGCAAAAGCUCUCAGUGACAAGACGCGAUUUGAUCUUUUCGCGCGAACUGUUCCGCCAGAUUCCUUUCAGUCGAUCGCGAUGGUCGAUUUUGUGAAAAAAGUCAACUGGAGCUACUUGUCUGUGAUUUACUCGGAAGGAUCGUAUGGCGAAUACGGCUACGAAGCCUUCCAUAAAGAAGCGACGGAACGAAAUGUGUGCAUUGCCAUUGCAGAAAAGGUCCCAAGUACCGCGGAUGACAAAGUUUUCGACGCCAUCAUCAGUAAAUUGCUGAAAAAGCCGAAUGCCAAAGGAGUGAUUUUAUUUACGCGAGCGGAAGAUGCGAGGAGAAUUUUGCAAGCGACGCGACGGGCGAAUAUGACGCAUCCGCUGCAUUGGGUAGCGAGUGAUGGGUGGGGGAAGCAAUCGCAACUCGUCGAAGGGCUGGAAGACGAAGCGGAAGGUGCGAUAACGGUUGAACUGCAAUCCGAGUAUAUUCCGGAUUUUGACGAGUACAUGUUUGGGCUGACGCCAGAGACAAAUCAGCGGAAUCCGUGGUUCGAGGAUUAUUGGCAAGAUACGUUCGCGUGUGUGCUGGAGAAGAAUUACCCGUUGGAGGUGAAGGAAGGGACCGAAGCGCCGAAGGUUUGUGAUACGGCGGCUCGUUUGUCGGAAAAAGUAGCCAACUACGAACAAGAGUCAAAAACACAAUUUGUCGUUGAUGCAGUUUAUGCGUUCGCCUAUGCCUUGCACAACUUGCACAACGAUUUGUGUGUGAAGGGCCAGCCGAAGAGCAAACAGGAAAUGUAUCGGCAAACGGGAGGCAUUUGUCGCGAAAUGGGCAGCUACGACGGAUUCGAAUUUUACAAAAAUUAUUUAUUGAAUGUGUCAUUCAUCGAUUUGGCUGGCAGUGAAGUAAAAUUCGAUAAACAGGGUGACGGAUUAGCGCGCUACGACAUUCUGAACUAUCAAAAGCUAAACAACUCAUCGGGAUACCAUUAUAAGGUGGUUGGCAAAUGGAAACGAGAACUGGAGUUGAAUUUGCAGGAUGUCGUCUGGAAUCAUGCAAGCGAAUUGCCGACAUCUGCCUGUUCGUUGCCGUGCGAAGCUGGCAUGAUUAAAAAGCAACAGGGCGACACCUGUUGCUGGGUAUGUGACAACUGCGAAGAGUACGAAUACGUGUACGACGAGUACACGUGUCGCGAUUGCGGCGAUGGCAGAUGGCCACAUGACGAUAAACUCUCGUGUUUCGACUUGGAGAUCCAAUACAUGCGAUGGGAAACAAUUUUUGCCCUAAUUCCGUUGGCAUUUUCGUGCAUCGGCAUCAUUGUGACGUUCAUCGUGAUCGGAUUGUUCCUCAAAAAUCACGAUACGCCCUUGGUUCGAGCAUCAGGGCGAGAACUUAGUUACAUGUUGCUCGUCGGAAUUUUAUUGUGUUAUUGCAACACGUUUGUGCUGCUGGCAAAACCGACGCUUGGCACGUGCGUCGUGCAACGAUUUGGCGUUGGCGUGGGAUUUUCCAUCAUUUAUGGCGCACUUUUGACGAAAACAAAUCGCAUCGCGAGGAUUUUCCUGUCGGCAUCGAAAACGGCAAAAAGACCGAGUUACAUUAGUCCAAGGUCACAAGUUGUCAUCACGAUUUCGCUGAUCGCUAUACAAGUUCUCAUAACAAUGAUUUGGAUGAUUGUCGAGCCAGCAGGAACACGUUUCUAUUAUCCGAGUCGAAAAGAAGUGAUAUUAAAGUGUAAUAUUCAAGACAUGUCAUUUUUAUUUUCGCAAUUGUACAACAUGAUUUUAAUCACAAUUUGCACCGUGUAUGCCGUAAAAACGCGCAAAAUCCCGGAAAACUUCAACGAGUCAAAAUUUAUUGGCUUCACCAUGUACACGACAUGCAUAAUUUGGCUGGCUUUCAUACCGAUCUACUUUGGCACGGGUAACUCUUAUGAAAUUCAAAUUACCACGCUUUGUGUAUCAAUCAAUCUAAGUGCUUCUGUGGCACUCAUCUGCCUGUAUUCGCCUAAAGUUUACAUAUUGGUCUUCCAUCCGGACAAAAAUGUUCGAAAAUUGACGAUGAACUCGGCGGCGUAUCGCAAGGGUGGCAGCAGCGGACCAACGGGCGGCAUUGGCACGACAUCGAGUUACGGACCUGGCGCAGCGGCAGGAGGACACUUUGCUGCGAGCUUCAAAAGUAGCAAUGCGGAACAAUCGCCCGUGAUGAAUGCGAAAAAUGGUUCCAUGGGAAAUUCGGGUGUUGCGAUGGAAGCUUUUAAAGAACCAAGUUCGCCCGCUUUAACAUCAAACACCACAAUUUACAAUACUCCAGUUCAUCAGCAGCAGCAGCAACAGCAUUUGCAGAAGAAAAACAGCAUUGUUAUGACGACGCACGAUGCCAAGGAAACACAAACAACUGUUAGUGUUGCAUCAACGGAUGAUGAUGAAAUCAAUGCUGAACAUGCCGAAGCAGUGGUUUUACUCUAAAAUAUCCGUGUCCAUGAUAUUGAUGCGUAU